GGCAGUUAGGGUAGUGUAUAUGUUGGCACUAUCGAUAUUGAGAUAUGUUUUAAUGAAAUCUAAGUGUAGGAAAAAUUCACGCUUAUGCAACCCGAAAAUCCCCAUCGUUUAAAAAAAAAAUCAUUAAAAAAGUCCUAAGGGUUCAGUAAUAAAUGAAACAACAAUUUUAGCGCCUUAAAAUCGUGUCAUCAGCUUUGACAGAUUUUUUCAAUUUACGGGUUUCAGAAAUAGAAUAAAACUUUCAACAAAUAAUAUUCAUGAAGGAAAUUCUUUCCUCUUUCAAUCUGAUAUUUUAGUUUAUUAUUUCUCCUUAGAGGAGUUACUGAAAAAUCGAUUUGAUUAACGACACCUAUUCUUGAGGCAAACUGGCCUGGCAACGUUGGGGCAGUUUGCGGGUAUAACAUCUCUGUCGUCUAAUGUCAAAAUGGUGAGUCUAAAAAAUCUGUCAAUUUUUGUUAAAUGUAACAUGGGUAGGCAUUAUAUUAGAAAAACUGAACGUUGUAUCUAUCCAGAUGGUUACAUUUUGAAAGCUGUCAAGAAAAUUGUUGCUGAGAAACAAAAAGUGUGUGAUGUUUCUAAAGAAACCCCCAUCCCAAAAAGAUCUCUACUGAGAUAUGUCAAAAAUUUCUUGGCUACUGGAAUUCAAGAUGAAGUUGAAGCAACUACAAUCAUUGGGGGUUACCAAAAACCUCGUAAGGUUUUCAGCAGCGAACAAGAAAGCAAUCUUAGCAGUUACGUCAAAAGGGCCAGUGACAUUUAUCAUGGAAUCACUACCACAGACAUGAGAAGAUUGGCUUAUCAGUACGCUACCCAAGAAAAAUGUAUUGUCCCUCUUUCUUGGUCGGUCAAGAAGGAAGCUGGAAGAGACUGGCUCUCUGGUUUCAUGAGAAGACGUCAAGACCUUUCAAUCAGAAAACCACAAGCAACAUCUCUAAGCAGAGCUACCAGCUUCAACAAGCAUUACGUUGAUUCCUUCUUUGACAAUGUUGAGGUUGAACUUCAGGUGAGAGAGGCACACUGGUUACAGUCUGCCUUGCAGUAUCUGCCACAGGGAAGUCUAUUCCACCAUAUUUUGUCUUUCCACGAGUUCAUUUUAAGGAAUAUUUCCUCAAUGGUGCCCCUCUUGGUUCUGUUGGAUCAGCCAAUUAGUCUGGCUGGAUAUAACAGAGAGAUCGGUCGACUUUGCUCCAUCUUUCGUCACGGAUCGUCCUUUUAA